UUAAUGAUUUGUGUCUUGUUUACUUUGUCUCAUCCACAAUCUAAGCUUAUUCUCUCUAGUUCACUUAUUUUGCAAGUUGACUCGUUCACAAGUCUGGCCACAUCAUGAACAAUCUACAUCUACUAGCAGGUGUUUGCUUUGCCCUGGGCAGCGUGGUCUCUUCUUCUAGACUAGGGUGCUACUUCACCAACUGGUCCCAGUACAGACCUGGAGCUGGGAAGUUCCUUCCUUCUGAUGUAGACCCAAAUCUGUGCACGCACCUGAUUUAUGCCUUUGCUGGUAUAAACGAUGCUAACGAGCUCGCCACUGUUGAAUGGAAUGAUGAGGUGCUCUACAAAUCCUUCAACGCGCUCAAAGAAAGGAAUCCCCUCUUGAAGACACUGUUAGCCGUUGGAGGAUGGAAUUUUGGCUCAGCAAAGUUUACAAAGAUGGUGGCGACGCCCGCCAGUAGAGGCCCGUUCAUCCAGUCCUCCAUCAGCAUGCUGAGACUACACGGGUUUGACGGACUGGAUCUAGACUGGGAAUACCCUGGAGCGAGGGAAAGCCCCGCGGAGGACAAGCACAGGUUUACACUGCUCUGCAAGGAACUAAUGGAGGCUUAUGAAGCAGAGGCCACAGCCACAGGCCGUCCCAGACUGAUGCUUACUGCUGCUGUAGCUGCUGGGAAAGAUACAAUUGAUGGUGGAUAUGAAAUAGCAGAGAUCUCGAGGUACUUGGACUUCAUCAACGUUAUGACCUAUGACUUUCAUACUAGUGGGGAGAGCAAAGUAGCACAUCAAAGCCCGCUGUACAAGGGGACGCAUGAGACGGGAGAAGCUGCUCAAUUCAACACAGACUUUGCCAUGAAGUACUGGCGGGAUCAGGGAGCGCCUGCAGCCAAACUGAAUUUGGGUCUGGCUACCUACGGCCGAGCCUUCCACCUGUCGUCUCCACUCAGUGAGUCCGGAGCCCCAGCCAACGGGCCCGCUGCUGCAGGCCCUUACACAAGAGAGGCUGGCUUCUGGUCUUACUAUGAGAUUUGCACUUUUAUCCAGCAAGGUGUGGUCCGGUGGCUAGAUGAUCAGCAGGUUCCAUAUGCCAGCAAAGGAGCGGAGUGGGUCGGAUAUGACAAUAAGGACAGCUUUGGGAGCAAAGUCCAGUACCUAAAAGCCAAUGGCUUUGGAGGGACGUUCAUCUGGGCUCUAGAUCUGGAUGACUUCAAAGGAGAAUUCUGCAGACAAGGAAACUACUCCUUGAUCAGCUACCUGCGCUCUGUCUUGCAUUCAGAUCCCACCCUUCUACCUACAAACGCCUCUCCACAACCCACUAGGGGACCCCCCGCAAGGCAACCCACUGCACGGGGACCCUCUGCAAGGGGGCCCACUAGGGGACCUCCCGCAAGGGGACCUACAGAUGAUUUCUGUUCUGGUAAACCAGGUGGACUGUACGUUAAGCCUGACGCCCCAGGGUCAUUCUACAGCUGUGCUAAUGACAUUACCUGGGUUCAGAACUGCCCUCAGGGCUUGGUCUUCAGAGGAGGUUGUAAAUGCUGUGACUGGCCCUGAAGCAAAGUCCUUUCCAGCAGUCUGCCAAUGUAUUGUACCAACUGUUUAAACAAUAAUAAAAUGAAGAGUUUAAGGCAUG